CAUGAUCAACUUCCGGCGGCUAAAUUCCGAAAGAUUUAUGAAAAUUCUCUCGAUUUAAGCUCCGGACUAUAGAAUUUGUCACAAUUUCUUAUUAGCUAAAUCUUUAGCACAUGUGGUAAAUGGUACAGAAUGGACACACGCCUCAAAUUAACAGAUGAUUGCUCCCCACCCACCGCAUUUGCUUGGUAUCGAAUGUAAACAAAUAUUUCAUAUGGCCUAUACGGCAUCACAUUUUUAAUAUUUCAAGUUUUAUCUGUAAAAUGUCCCUGACUUAUUGUAAACACAUGAAAAGCUGAUUAAUUUUUCCAUCUGUACCUGAUUAUAACGAAAUUUCAACAGAGAAUGGAAAAAUCCAAAAGCAAACGCGCAUUGAGAAUCAAGAUUAUCAGUAUGGGAAAUGCUGAGGUUGGAAAGAGUUGUAUCAUAAAGCGUUAUUGUGAGAAGAGAUUUGUGCACAAGUACCUAGCCACCAUCGGGAUAGACUAUGGAGUUUCAAAGGUGACAAUCAAAGACAGAGAAGUAAAAGUGAACAUAUUUGAUAUGGCAGGUCAUCCAAUAUUUUACGAGGUACGGAAUGAGUUUUACAAAGAUACACAGGGUGCUAUAGUGGUGUUUGAUGUAAGUGAUAGGACAAGUUUUGAGUCGCUUGACCAUUGGUUGAUGGAAAUGCAGACAGAAAUGGGAAAUCAGGCAGAACAUGACAAUGUUGUCAUCUGUGUUUGUGCUAACAAGUGCGACAGAAAGCGACAGGUUGAUGAACAUGAGGCUAGACUUUGGGCAGACAGUAAAGGCUUCUUGUACUUUGAAACUUCAGCACAGACUGGGGAAGGUGUUAAUGAAAUGUUUCAGGCGUUGUUUGAAGGGGUGGUAACUGCUGUAGAAAACGGUGGAAAGAAGGCACCAUUUCAGACACAGCUAGGAUAUACCAAGGAUCAGAUAGAGGCUAUUCAGAGGUUGAAAAAUGCCAAGGGAGAUUAUGAAAGACUUGGUCUGCUGAAUGGUGCCUCAAAGGAUGAAGUGAAUAAAGCAUAUAGAAGACUUGCCGUGUUACUACACCCAGACAAAAAUGUAGCACCAGGAAGUGAAGAGGCCUUUAAGAUUCUGGUUGCAGCAAGGACAGCACUCUUGAAAAGAUGCUCAUGAUGACAAUAUACACUAGGAUACUUUAAACCAUAUAGAUUAUAUUUGUUUAAACACCAGUGACACAGUGGACAAAAUAGCUUUAAUCUAAAUUUUGGAAAAUACAAAGAAGACUGCUAGGGACCAUUUGAAUUACUUGAGCUAGCCCUGACCAGUGCACAAGCUUUGUUUCCCUGUAGUGUUAUAUAAUUGAAUUUUGGUGUUUGUUGCUAUAUUAUUCAAGUAGAGUUUUAAGAAUUGUUUUCAUUAUUGAGUUAAAUGGUUUUUAUUAGAAAGGAGGUAGAAAUAGCAUUUUAAAGAAAAUGAUGAGUUACCAGAAUGUAAAGUAUAUGACUUUUUUUCUGUUCCUAAAAUUGUAUUUUAAGAUGGUGCCUGUUAAAAAUCUUGUUUAGAAGGCAUAACUGUUUUAAUAGACUGGGUUAGACAGGUUAUGCAUGUGUGACAAUUUUUUGCAACCGGUUAAAGAGAGUCUCCAUGGCCGAGUGGUUAUGGUCACUGACUUCAAAUCACUUGCCCCUCAUCGAUGUGGAUUCGAGCCUCACUCGGGGCAUUGAAUUCUUCAUGUGAGGAAGCCAUCCAGCUGGUUUACGGAAGGUUUAUGGUUCUACCCAGGUGCCCGCUUGUGAUGAAAUAAUGCACGGAGGGGCUACUGGGGUCUUCCUCCACCAUUGUUUUGAUUAAAGCUGGAAAGUCGCCGUAUACCUAUCAUGUGUCGGUGCAAUGUUAAAUAGAAAAAGGUAAAAGAGGAGCAGUGCAGACUUACUAAUAGAUUGUAGAUAGAAGCAGUUGGAGUUCAAGUCAAUUAGGUUCAGAAGAUAUUUUAAUAGAGCCUACCUACCUCUCUUUGACUGGAACUUUAAUACAUAUUAUGCAGUUGCCAUAUUGUGAGAUGCAGGAUGAAGUAAACUUUGAGUUAAAAACUUUUUUGUAAGUGUUUAGUUGGGAUUAAAUCUUUUGUUUUUAAAUCAGUUAACAAUGUGUUUAGUUGCUAGUAACCCUGUAAUACAAAAUGUAAACUCAUUUGUAGUCUUUCCUUUGAUAAAUGUCUUUUUUGCUUUCUAUUAAAAUGAAGUAUUUGAUGUAUUUGGGCCAAGCAUUUUGACCACAGUACAACUUUUCUUAUUCCAAUAUUGAAUGGUUUUAGAUGUCAUUUAGUUCUUUUUUAUGCCCCCAAAGGGAGGCAUAUUAGUUUUUAACUGUCCGUACGUUUGUUAGUUCAUUUGUCACAACGUUAACUUUUUGCAUGAAGGCACUUUACUCAUGAACCACUGCAUCCAGGACCUUCAAACUUUACAUGGUGAUAGUACUUAUUGAGUACACGACCCCUACUGACUUUGGAGUCACCAGAUCAAAGGUCAAGGCCACCAGGUUAAAUGUCACGGCGCUGCGGGGGCAUUUGUCACCAUUAAUGACAGCUCUUUUUUUUAUUUUGUUUUAAUUAAAAUUACUAUACACUAGAUACUCAUUGUGACGGCUUUAUUUUUGCAAAUUAUCACAAAUAGUGUAACUUGAUACAUGUAACGCUGUAUUGAAAAUUACUGUUUCACGAUACAUGCGUAUUACUCAGUAUCGAAGACCUGUUUCAUCAUACAGAAAUGAUACAGUGAAAAGUAUAAAUAUCAAAAGAAGACUUUCAUAUAAUCGGUGAUUGAUAAAAAUACUAUUAAACUGAACAAAUGUAUCAACAAUUUCUUUAACUUUAACGCAAAAUUUAAAGUACUUCCUAUGGUUAGGAACAUUGAUUUUUUUUUCAUUUUGUCACACGUAUGUUGCCUUAUGGUACACAAUUUGUAUUGCGAUAUGCAUCGUAUCUUUGCAUCUGUAUGCCGAUAUGUAUUACAUUUUGUGAGACUAGCGUGUUGUUACACUUCUAUUGAAUUUAGAAUAAUCGACAAGGCUUGUUUUCAGUAAGUCUUCAGAUAAAUCUUGGUUAUCACAUAUUUGACGUCAUUGGAGUGAUUAAAACCAUUACAUAGCAUUUUGUAUUACACUGUGGUAGUACACUAGUGUCAUUAAACUUCAAAUGACAUUGAUGUUGUUUUAAGACAUUGUUCUAAGUUGCUUUGUCUAUUGAGGUAAAAAAUGAAGAAAUUUUGAGAGUUCAGUGGGAAAAGUUUACAUGUUUAUACAAAGAAUAUUAUGUUUGUGUCUUUCCAAAUUGAAGUUAAAAUACUCCUCGAAUGAAAUUAACAGAUGCUCGGCAGUGCCUCACAUUUUAUAUCAUUCAACUUGUCUAAUUAAUUCAAUUUGAAAAAAGCACUUGUGUGAUAUCCUCUAUAUAUGUUUUGCAAAUAGAAUGUGUUCAGUAUAUUUUAAGCAUUGUUAAUAUUAUUAUUCAUAUACAUGUACUUUUUUCCUGAAAAAAAAUCAUAAGGUUUGUGUUGCAUAAGAAAUAAUAUAUCCCAAAAGGCGAUAUUGUCAUCGAAUAAAAUCUUUGUUUGAAAUUUAUAUAUAAAGGAAUUAUGAUACAGAUGUGAAUAACAAACAGUGAUUUUGUUAGCUCUUCUGUUUUUUUGGGGGGUUUUUUAAAGUCCACGAGGUGUUGUCGUUACUUGAUUGUCGGCAGUGGCAUUGGUUUAAAUUUUUUUUUAGGUCUGCCUUUCACAAAAUCUAAAAGAGCUGCAGAUUUGAUACCUUGCAUACUUGUUUAUCAUUAAUAAUGACUUAAUACGCCAAGAACAAUAACUCUUAU